AUGCUCACCCCUGACACACCAAACACCACAUUUCGGUUCCGUGCGUAUGCUGUAAACGCAUCGCUUCCUACGUCUUCGAGAAGAAAACCUCCAGCUCCUGCUUUACGUGCCGCCGAUAACAACAGAUCACGAACACCGAAGGGUGCACGGCGUAGUGAAGAUCCGAACACUUGCUGGGACAACGAUGGAUCACCACUCCACGGCUCUGCCUUCGCUUCAAGUUUGGCGGUGGCCACUUCAGUGGUCGUUAAUGGCUUGAGGCAAGCGGUUGACUCUGUAUCGGAAAUAUGA